CCUGUCUGCCCUGUUGACACGUCCGUUUCUUCGUCUUCGUCUUCAUCUUCUUUUUCUUGUUCCACAUCUUCAUCUUCAUCUUCAUCAGCUUCUGCUUCUGCUUCUACGGCUCCCUCCUCCUCCUCCUCCUCCUCAUCCUCCUACUACGCUUACCAGCCUUCCUGCGUGCACCUGCCAGCCAGACGGCCGCCACAGAGGGGAGCUGUGAAGCUGCCGCAUUUGGGACCGCAACUCUCCAUCUCUCGACUGCAGCACCCUACCUACGCACACACGCUCGCUCACUCAUUCCCUCGCUCCCUACUGAAGCCUCUACGAUCCACUGAAGCCUCCACGAUCCACUGAAGCCUAGUCAAACCAGACGACACGACCUUUCCUGCGAGCGAGCCUACCUUCGCUUUCCCUAGAGCCCCACAAGCAAGGCCGAGAACAAUCGGGAGAAGAGGAGAGGAGAGCAGAACAGAGCAGAGCCCAGUAGUGUAGACUAGAGAGCACAGAGCUGGGAAAGACACAGGCAAGGUAGAGAGGGUCCUCGGCAAGGAUCGACAGUACAGCACUCCAUGCGGACACGAAGACGGCGAGCCCACCACCAGCGAGGGUCAUAGAGGUAUCAGAGCGUGUGCGCAUGGGACGCAGUCUGCGAUGCGCAUCCCCAUCCGUAUCCAGCUGGGAAGUCUAUUGUUGCUUUCGUCCCUGAUCGGUCUUGCUGUCAUUUCCAUUGCAGUAUGGAUCACUGUUCAUGGCUUUGUGCUCGAAAUCAGGGCCUCGCGCCUGGCCUUGACUGCCUCGCUCAAGGCCGGUCAACUGUCCAGCAACUUGGACGUCAUGCAUACCUCGGCCAGCUUUGUGACGACGCGAGUCUUGAUCCAGAAUGCUUUGCAGCGAUACAAUGACUAUCGAAACAACACCCCGGCCAACUGGGCGAACGCUGCUGCAGACAUGGCCGCCGCAAUUGGCGGAGAGGCAUCGCUAGGUCAGCAGCUGCUGAUGCAAUCGAGAGUCUGGUCCAAGGACGGCGCCGGUCCCGCUGGAGCACUUCCGCUGUUGGACACGACCCCAGACUCUGUCGACAAUACCAUCGCCCUGCCCUACACCUAUGCCAACGGUUCUCCCGUCUACCUGGGCGCCAACGACAGUGAUUACGGUUAUCCACCCUUGUUGUACCCCAACCUGACCUACUCCGUGGGUGGCCCAGCCCGAUAUGGCGACUAUGCCUUGCAUCUGAAUAGCUCCCUCUUCUUGGGGCCGUGGUUCGUGAAUAGCACCUACGCCCUGGUCUCGCUCACUCUGCCCAUCGCUAACAACACCGACCGGAAUUCAUUGCUGGGUUAUACCACGAUCUUGAUGAACGCCGAACUCAUUUCUCAGGUUAUCAACUCUGCAGAAGGCCUAGGUCGAACCGGAGAAACGUUGCUGAUCGGCCCAGCCAACCCGACAAAUAGACUUCCAAAUGGAAUGGCCAUGAAAAACACCGAGGACAUGCCGGAACUCGAUAUUCGUUAUGUCGUUCCCGUCAAUAACAGUGGAAGCAAGCGGCAUCCCACGCGCACGCAAGAGGGUACGAACUCCCCAUUCAGUAUCAGCGACUUUCCUGCUGUCUACAAGGCUUUUGCUGCGACAGAUCCUUCGGGAUCUCGACUCAAGGCGACCAAUGAGGCCGGGAAGAAAGUGAGUGUCGGUUAUGCAAUGACCACGAGUGCUAUGGUCAAUUGGGCAGUUCUGGUGGAGAUGUCCCGCAGCGAAGUCUGGCAACCGAUCGCCACUUUACGCAAGGUCAUUGUGGCCUGCCUGUUCGCCACCGCAUGCCUGAUGGCUCUCAUCGCCUUCCCGUUGGCCCACUUCGCAGCGCAGCCCAUUAUCAUGUUGCGAGCUGCAACACUACGGUCCGUCGACCCGCCCAGCAUGGACGGACAAUCCGAAGUGGACUUUCUCAGUGACACGAGAGAUGGACCCGCCGACGAUCCAGUAGAUGCGGGCUCAGAGGUCGACGCGACGAUGGCACGCAAAGAAGGCUUUCGGGCUCACAUUUCCAAUUGGAAGCGGAAACGCGAAGCUGACACUCAGGUUAAGCGCGAGGAGCAGCGGAAGCGCGCUUUCCGCAUACCUGGUCGGGUCAAGCAGAGGAGAGGCUGUAUCAAAGACGAGCUGUCUGAUCUCACGUCCACGUUCAACGACAUGUCGGAUGAGCUGAUGGUGCAGUAUUCGAGAUUGGACGAGCGGGUCCGAGAACGAACCGCCGAAUUGGAACUCAGCAAGAAGGCCGCUGAAGCUGCGAAUGAGAGCAAGACACUGUUCAUCGCCAAUAUCAGCCACGAGUUACGCACGCCUUUGAACGGGAUCCUCGGGAUGUGUGCCGUCUGCAUGCAGGAAGACGAUCCCCUGCGGCUCAAGCGCUCUCUUGGCAUCAUAUACAAGAGUGGUGAUCUCCUGCUCAAUCUAUUGACCGAUCUUCUCACGUUCAGCAAGAACCAAGUCGGACAGCACCUCACUUUGGACGAGAAGGAGUUCCGCUUGCGCGACAUCAGCUCCCAGAUUCUAGCCAUCUUCGACAAACAAGCCAAGGACGGCCGCAUCGACCUCAAGGUCCAGUAUGAGGGCAUUGCCGACCCGGGCACCGACGAUGCAUCGCCCGACAUGUCGAUUUACGGCCCCGACACCAGUGGGCGCGUGAGCGAUAUGAUUUUGUGGGGCGAUAUACACCGUAUCUUGCAAGUUGUCAUCAAUCUGGUGAGCAACAGUCUCAAGUUCACUCCACCGGGAGGUUCGGUGAGACUCACAAUACGCGCGUUGUCGGAACGGCCUGAUAUUGGCAGUCGCGGAACUUCGAUGACCUCUCGGCAGUCCAAUUCGGUGCGGAUAGGGAGGCCAUGGCGGCAACAGCAUGCGGAGACAUCGGACUGGAGGCGUAGCACUCAACGGAGCUCGGACUCCGCUGUGCUCAAUUCAGGACCGCAGAAGCAUGCCGAGAUGUCCGAGACUCCUAUUUCACGACAGGGCAUGCAUAGGACUUCAGAUCUGUCCGGUCCAAGAAUUGCUACAGCCAAUGCCAUCAAUGCCAGAGACAAACCGCAUGCUUCGCUCCAUGUCUCGGAGCGAACACGAUCACCUUCGUCGGGAAAGUAUAUAUACUUUGAAUUCGAAGUAUCCGACACGGGACCCGGCAUACCCGAAGAUAUACAGGACAAGAUCUUCGAGCCUUUCGUGCAGGGAGACUUGGGCCUCAGCAAGAAGUUUGGUGGAACUGGACUGGGCCUUUCCAUCUGCUCACAGCUGGCUAGCUUGAUGAAAGGAGAGAUGAAAGUCCGCAGCACGGUCGGUUUAGGCAGCACUUUCACAUUGAAGAUGCCCAUACGACAUGUCCAGACUCGUGCUGAUAGUGCGGCCAGCUCUGUGGCGGGGGUGGGGAAUGACGUGAGCAGGGAAGGCUCAUUGUUUGACUCGCGCACGGCCUCGCCACAGCGUUCACAUGGCCCAGUGGAGUACGAAGGUAGCAUACCCAGUCCUUCCGAGCCCGUGAAGCCAAGGGUGAAAGAAGCGCCAACCACGCAAUCUCGGCUGGUCGGCCUCAGUCAGCCGUAUCUGACGACUUCCAAACCGCCCGAGUCUCCCGACGCCAAGGAAGAGGCGAUCAAGCGCAUAUCUGCCACAACCAGCGGGAGCGGCAAGAUCAGAGUGCUCGUCGCAGAAGACAACAAGAUCAACCAAGAGGUGGUACUCCGCAUGCUCAAACUGGAGGAUAUCUACGAUGUCGUGAUUGCUAAGGACGGUCAAGAGGCGUUGGAUCUCGUUAAGACCUCGAUGCGUCCCGGUGCCCGUCCUUUCAACCUCAUAUUCAUGGACGUUCAAAUGCCUAAUGUCGAUGGCUUGACCAGUACGAAGAUGAUCCGAGCCAUCGGCUACCAAGCACCCAUUGUGGCACUCACCGCGUUUGCGGAAGAGAGCAAUAUCAAGGACUGCUACGAUUCUGGCAUGAACUACUUUCUCUCGAAACCCAUCCGCAGACCACAGCUCAAGAAAGUGCUCAAGGAAUACAUUGCCCCUAUCCUGGAAGAGCCGGAGGAAGAAGAAGAAGCGGCUUCGCCUCCACUGCUCGGGCAAGGAAAUCAUAAUACCACGAUUGUCAUGGUAAAUAAUGAAAGAAGAUCGCAGGAUUCGAAAGGAGCGGCAGACAUUACGACAGACAAAAGUGCUAAUGCGGCGCUUGACAACACAGAUCAAUCAUUCUUCGCAGCGACAGUCGGCAACCUGGCCCAGGCCGACGAAGGAUUCACUUCCCCUCGCACCGCCGUCGACAGAUAGCGGAAAGAGCGCCGUUGCCAGGAAGGACCGGCUGCAGCUGCACGAUUCGGGAGCGUCGACAGACCCCAAUCUGGAAGCCAUCAAGCAACAACAGCAGCAGCAGCCACACAGUCCUGGCGGUGGAUAUUUCAGUAAAGAGAUGGGAAGUCUAGGGACAAAGGGAAAAGAAGUGCGUUUCAGUGAUUUGUAAUAUGAGCGAGGCGCUUUGGGGUCUUUUUGUUUUCAUCUCAAUUUUUACUUUUUUGGUGCUCGGGCUACAAAAAUUGGGUUCUGUAUGCGAGAACGGGAGGUCUCUGAGACAGUGUGUCGAUGAUGGGCAUGGAACCGCAUAGGGAGAUCAAAAUCCAACAGGACAGGACAACAUCCAUCCUAUUCCAGCUGCUCGAGCUUAUUGUUAUGCGGCAUGAAAUGAAGGGAAUCUACGACAACUCAUCAUCACCGUUUCGAAUCCGCUGCUGCUUCCUGUCAUUCUUCGCCACCAGUCAUUAUCCUUGAAUUCUCGUCCGGCCGGCGAGAGCUCCGCGCUGCGCCGGGAUCUGUAGCCACACUUGAGCGUCAAGUUCUGCUUCGCCUCGCCUCGCCUCAGCCUGCGGCCACUCAAAUUUAUAUGAUUGUACGGUGAACGCCCAGACAUAUCUGCUGUCAUCAAAUCAGCAGGAUGAGUAGGCAGUACUGAUCUGAUUCUGACCGGGACUGGCUAUUGCGCGUCUGCAGAUAGGCCGGGAAUCAUACCAAGAGCGAUGUAGGACGACA